AUGAUGAUGGGCUGCAUAAAGAGUCGUCACUUUGUGACUACUCCUCCGCUGCCUUCGAGUUCGCCUGCUCCCGUCGUGGAGUAUAUGGACCUGUCUCCUCUCCCGCACAAGGCACCUUUCUUUUCACAGAUGGAGAUAAGUUCUCCGACGCCAGGCUCUAUACCGUCAUAUGACCAAGACAUGGUUCUCGACUCUCCAGCGCCCAUUUCUCGCCAGCUCUCGUCGGAGGCGGCCAAUUACUUUCUGGCUGAUUCCACCCCGUUGCUCUCGAGAGCUCAGAGCGAUACUCAUAACCCAUUACCUCCCUUCCGCUUUGGCGCCGACUCUGCCAUGAGCUCCAACCUCUCUCUAUGGGAAUGCUUCGAAUCCGCUUCUCCGCCACAGGAGCGGAAUGAGCCUGUACCUGACAACAGCCCCUGCGUACUAGCCGCAGUCGCUCGACCUCGCCCUUUAUUCACUGGUAUUGGCGGUGCUGCAGCCACUCGCUUUGGGUCGCCCAUUAAUGGCCAUGCUAGAAGGCAGUCAAAUCCGUUCUUGAGAAACCGCAAACAAGUUCGUCGGUCGUUGAGCAUGUUUGAACAUCCUGCCGACGUUAUGAAGCCCAAGACUGAAGCCGAAGAGCUACCUGCGUCAGCAUUGAAGUCAGUCGUGGAUAUUGAAGAAGUUCAUGAACCUGUGCUUCCCCAUUUCUUGCUGGAUGAUCCCACUGAUUCAAUCCCUCGGAUUGCCAAGGAGACAUUGCUUAAUGUUCUGGAUGGUAAAUACGCAGACCAUUUUGAUCAAAAAAUGGUUAUUGAUUGUCGGUUCGAAUAUGAAUACGACGGUGGGCAUAUCGAGGGAGCUGUCAACCACAAUGAUAAAGAACUUCUGGCUACCCAAUUAUUCCAAACACCAAUUGCAGGCCGCACUUUACUGAUUUUCCACUGCGAGUAUUCAGCCCAUCGUGCACCAUUAAUGGCCCGACAUGUUCGAUCUCAUGACCGGACAGUAAAUGCAGAGCACUACCCCAAGUUAACGUACCCCGAGGUAUAUAUCCUUGACGGUGGAUAUAGCGAGUUCUUCGCCGAACACCGUGGGAGGUGUUACCCUCCCGAAUACGUCGAAAUGUCCGAUGAGAAGCACCAACGCACAUGCGAAAGAGAAAUGAGUCGUUUAAAAGCGAGAAAGGGCCUGGGACGCUCCCAGACAUUCGCCUUCGGACAGCGAGAGCCCUGUAUCAACGACUCUCCCACUGCACAGAUCCGACCCAGCUCGCGCAACACCACACUGUCGAUGCUCACCCGUCGGAUGGCCUCGUACUGA